AUUUCCUUUCUAGAGUAAUUAAGAAAAAUUGAAAAAAAACUUUUUGUAUAAAAUCGACCUGUUACUAUGGAACAGGAAGGAAAAUCGGCGUCAGUGCUUAAAGAGACUGGUAACACAUGUAUGAGAGAUGGCAAGUUCAUUGAAGCUAUUCUACACUAUUCUCAAGCUCUAAAACUAGAACCAAUCAACCCGCUCUUACAUUCCAAUAGAUCUUUAGCAUUCCUGAAGUGCCAGCAGUACUACCUUGCAUUGGGGGAUGCAGAGAAGUGUAUACACCUGAACCCAAAGUGGCCUAAGGGAUAUUUCAGGAAGGGGGAGGUCCUCUAUCAGACAGAGAAAUAUGAAGACGCUGUCGAGGCUUAUAAGACAGCCCUUGACCUACAACCAGAAGAUGCCAAUUUGAAAGAAAGAGUUAUGAAGUCAAUGAAAGAGGUCAACAACAUUAGAAAAGCUGAUCGUAAUCUACCUUGGGUGGGCAGUGGAACUGGAUUUCUCCUUGGCCUCUUCAUCAUAGUUGGGGAUGAUUACAUUGCUCAAAGACCUACAAUAUCUAGUGACAUUUUACGGAUACUUCUGAUCGCUGUGUUUAUAGGCCUAGGGUAUGGAUGUGCCAGGGUAUAUAGAUAUCUUAGGGAUUCCCAGAAAGAAUCACUAUUAGAGCCUCCUCUAGAUCUUCUGAAAGAAAUGGGACCUGGUAGAGGCUUAAACAGAGAUAAGGAUGGUAACCCUAUCAUCCAACCAGGAGUUGAGAGACCCCCACCAUGGGAUCCUGCAUCAACCACCCCUAAGGCUAGCUCAAAGAACAAUACAAAACAAAGGAAGAAGAAAAAAUAACUGAUUUGUGCAAUCACUUUAUACAAUGGAGAAAGUUCAAUCAUUUAAAGGGCUCAGCCAAAAUAUCAAUGUUUUAUGGGAAACUUAAUUUAAUGAAGGCCAUGACCUCUUCCCCAUGUUCUAUAAAAAUUAGUCAGAUUUGAAGUUACAUGUCUGCCCAAUCAACAGUUUUUCAAUAACAAAAAUUAGAUUGUUUAAACCCCUAGUGUAAUUUAAAAACCAAAAUGCUGUAUACAUUAAUAUUUUACCCUGAGUCUAUUACAGGUGUACAUACAAGGUGCUAAAGACGGGAGUUGUUUCCAUUGUUCAUGAAAUGGAAAAUUAAUAACAUUUGAACAGUGUCAUUUAUAUAACUGUGGUGAUGGAAGGUUUAGAAUUUAAAGAUUGAUCAAAGGCUCCACUCCACAAUUUUGAAUGGUGUUAUUCAUUUCUCUGGUAUUUAUAUGGAGUCUAUAUUCUAAAUAUUUAUAUAUUCUACAUUCUAUGUUUUUCAUAUGGAGUCUAUAUUCUAGUAUAUACAUAACAGUUUUACCUUAAAUGUUUGUGACUGUUUAUUCAAUACAAUUUUAAAGGAUUUUCCAGACCUCUGAAUCUGAGAUCAAAAUCUAUGAAUAUAUCUUAUGUGAAGGCAAUAUAGGACAUCAUUGGACAAUACGUCUUUCACAGGAGCCAUUUCAAAGAACAAAUAAGUGUACAUCUACUUAUCAUUUUAUAAUCCAGGCCACAUUAUUGGCUAGGUUUAUAAUAGUCAGAAUGGUUGAUAUGGUUAUUUUUAGGUAAAGUUUGUAUUAAUUUGGUUGCACAAAUGUUGUCCAUUUCUUUCUCCUAACCGUCUAUGUUCAUACAGAAGAACAUUCCACGAAACAUUUUAAUUGAAUGUAUUUCCAAGAGCUGUGUACAAGUAUUAUUAGGUCACUUACCCAAUAUUUUUAUGGCCUACUAAAGUAAAUAAUCAAUUGGAAGUUGGAAAUGUGUCAGUGGUAAAAUAUGAACAGUUUAGAGUUAUUGCAAAACGGUUGUAUUUUUGUGUCACUCUGUAUUUUUUCUUUAUAAUUACCAAUUGAUGAUUGAAGAAGUAGGGGAAUGUGUCGGUGAAAAAUAUGAAUUAUCUCUUGUAUUGCUACCCUUUGCAUUCGUUCGACUU